AUGUCUCUCCGAUUUUCUGGUGGGUCCCGGCACACUUGCCUGAGGUCGGGGACUGGAACUGUCAGAGCGCCCAGCGGAGGCACCAGCUUCGCAGGCAGCAAUGCGGGAGGCUCUGCAGCUGGAAACGCUUUUCUGUCCACCUUGGGAGGGGGCUUGGGCAGCGCUCCCGGCAGCGCCCUGGGAAAUGCUGUUUUCGCUGGCUUCGCUGGAAACGAAGGGGGACUCUUCUCCGGCAAUGAGAAGGUGACCAUGCAGAACCUCAACGACCGCCUGGCCUCCUACCUGGACAACGUGCGAGCCCUGGAGGAGGCCAACGCUGAAUUAGAGAGAAAAAUCAAAGGCUGGUAUGAAAAAUACGGACCUGGGUCUUGCCGUGGGCUUGAUCAUGACUACAGCCGAUACCACCUGACAAUCGAGGACCUGAAGAGCAAGGUUAUCACUUCCACCGCUGCGAAUGCCAAUGUCAUUCUGCAGAUCGAUAAUGCCAGACUGGCCGCCGAUGAUUUCCGGCUGAAAUAUGAGAAUGAGCUGGCCCUUCACCAGAACGUGGAGGCCGACAUCAACGGGCUGCGGAGGGUCCUGGAUGAGCUGACGCUCUGCAGGACCGACCAGGAGCUGCAGUUCGAAUCCCUGACCGAGGAGAUGACCUACCUCAAGAAGAACCACGAAGAGGAAAUGAAGGCGCUGCAGUGCGCGGCCGGAGGCAACGUGAACGUGGAGAUGAACGCGGCCCCUGGUGUGGACCUCACGUUGAUGCUGAACAACAUGCGUGCCGAAUACGAAGCACUGGCCGAGAACAACCGCAGGGACGCCGAGGCCUGGUUCAAUGAGAAGAGCGCCACCCUGCAGCAGCAGAUCUCCGACGACGCAGGUGCAGCCACCUCGGCCAGGAACGAGCUAACGGAGAUGAAGCGGACGCUGCAGACCCUGGAGAUCGAGCUGCAGUCUCUUCUGGCCACGAAACACUCGCUGGAGUGCUCCCUGACGGAGACCGAGGGCAACUACUGCACGCAGCUCGCGCAGAUCCAGGCGCAGAUCGGGGCCCUGGAGGAGCAGCUGCACCAGGUCCGCACUGAGACCGAGGGCCAGAAACUCGAGUACGAGCAGCUCCUGGACGUCAAGGUCCACCUGGAGAAGGAAAUCGACACCUACUGCCGCCUGAUUGAUGGCGAUGGAGAUUUGUGCUCCAAAUCAAAGAGCUUCGGAUCUGGAAGCUCGGGGAAUUCAACUAAAGAUGUAACCAAAACCACCCUGGUCAAGACAGUGGUUGAGGAGAUAGAUCAGCGUGGCAAGGUGCUUUCAUCGAGGAUUCAUGCCAUUGAAGAAAAGGCAUCUAAAGUGGCCAAUGGCAAGACAGAACAAAGGGUUCCUUUCUAGCUGUCACUGUAGAGAAAAGCAUCACUUGGCACAAGAUCUAAACUUUGUUCUAGACGGCAGCGAGAAUCAAAACACUUUCUAGGCUUAAGUUACUUAGCAAAGAUACCUGUUUUCUUAAUUUACACAGGAUGCUGGGCGCUUGUUUUCAAAUAAAUAAAAUAAGUUUGACGUGCCCUCAUUUCUAAUCCCUGAUGACUCACAAAUCAUUAUUUGUGAUAUUUUCUAUCUAACUCAGAGGCAUUUUUGAAACACGUCUUAGUUGCCUUUCUCUCUGCCUGUAAGUAGCAGCAAUACCACUAUAUCACAUUUAAAUGUUCAACAUCCAUAAUUUUUAAAAUUCCAUCAUAUGCCACAAAUUUGAGGAAAUCUCCUGUGACUGGAAAUCUGU